AUGACAAGAGAGCGGGCGCAACGCCUGCUGUGCCGUCUUCUGGAUUUUUUUCUCGGCUGCGCUGCCCUCUCCUUCGUCACUUCCCUUCUUUUCGCGUCUGUCUCUUCCUGGAGACGAAAGCUCUGGAGUCGUUCGUCUGUACCUCAGAUCGUUCUUCUUUCUGUCUUUUCUCUUGUUCCGCUCUCCUCUUCCACAAUGGUGAACCUCAACAAGGUACCGGCCUUCCUCACAGACCCGAACCACCCGAUAGGGAGUCUGUUGCUGGGGCUGCGCGAGUUUUUCUUCGACUCAGUGCGUCUCGUUCGUCGCUGCACAAAGCCUGACGCUCGCGAGUUCAGAAAGAUUGCUUAUGCCUGCGCGAUUGGCUUCCUGCUCAUGGGCUUCAUCGGCUACUUCAUCAAGCUCAUCUUCAUCCCCAUCAACAACAUUCUGGUUGGCCCACCCGCGUAAGACCUCGCCGUGCGCGGGUAUGUACAGCUGGCGUGUGCGAAUGUAAGCCAGUGCGCAGACACGCACUCGCGCUGUUCGAAAGGGAGGCAAAGAGAGAACCGUUUGAGAGCGACGCAGCGGACUCCCGAGAUGCUUUAGAGACGGCAGGGGUUCUGCUUCUCGCCAUAGUGGGGCAGAAAAGACGAGUUCGUGAAAACUGAAGGUGCGAGGGAAAAGUCCAGAAGCAAGUGUUGGUUGUGGCGGGGCCGUGGCGAGCGAGUGGGUGUACAGACACCAAUCGCGGGAAGGUCUAUGGGCGGAACCGUUGGCUCUUUCAGAGGCAUCUCUUAGAAGCGAAGUCUGUGUGUGUAUGUUGGAGCAUGAAUGUCGUAUGCAACAGAGCACGUAUAGCGAUGUGAAGGAUACGUUUCGCGUAUGGACAUUCAGUUCACGUCAAAAAUGUAUGUGCACGGGACGAGCAGGCGCAGGGCUUCCGUGUUUGAGAUUUCCGUUAUCGCCUCGUGCGUUCAGCGGGGGUCGCGUCGAACUGACAACACCGAGGGGACUCGCUCUGGGAGACAAGAAAUGUUCUGAUACCAGACGGAAACUUACCGAGUGCCGAGGGCGGGAGCCGCUUGUCUAUAUAGGCAUGUAUGUGCAUAUAUAUGCGUUCAUAUAUAUGUCAAUCUAUACAUGUGGCUUUGUGUCGAGAUAGAGCGUAGAGCGAGCUCUCGCGCGCGCCAACGCAAUUAGCGUUCCUUCUUGCGGACGAAAAAACGAGAAGGAAAAGUAGGCGGGGAGCAGGAGGCGUGACAUUUCAUUUCUGUCCUAUGUUCGUAGACGUGGGUUCUGCCCGGUGAAGAAUGCGUUCCUCUGUUUCUAGCGUCGUACUUUCCUCGCUGAAAACCCUCUCUGCAGGGAGCUCAUCUGUUUGUUUCUAAAACUUCUCCCAUAGCGCAGACCGAGUCGCUGUCUCCACCGGGUUAACUCUGAAGCUUGGAACA